AUGAAAACUGUCGGCAUUUUUCCCGCCUCAGGGGGUCUAGGAGGGAGCACCAUCGCCCAUCUGCGCAAAAUAUUCCCUGGCGAUCAUCUCAUUCUUAUCAGUCGUCAUCCUGAAAACCAGCCAGCAGAGUAUUCGCAAGGCGGUGUUCGUCUUCGCCAAGCAUUCUACGAGUCUUCACCGCAGGAGUUGGAGAAAUCGUUCAAAGAUGUCGAAGUUCUCUUCCUCAUCUCAUACCCAAGUCACGUCCGUGACUACAGGGUCCAGGUUCAAAUCCCAGCUGUUGACGCAGCUGUGAGGGCUGGCGUCUCUCACAUUUUCUAUUCAUCCUUGGCAUUUGCCGGCCCCGUCUCGAGCAGCUUGUCCAAGGCCGAAGUGAUGCAGGCGCACUUGGUGACGGAGUCUCACCUGAAGUUUCUUGCAGCCAAUAACCCGAAAUUCACUUUUACAUCCAUCCGGGAGGGUCUCUACUCGGAGUCGUAUCCCAUAUACACGGCCUUUUUUGAUGCUGCAAAUCCAAGCUCGGAAAUACGCAUACCGCACGAUGGCAAAGGGCCCGGCGUGGCAUGGGCCAAAAGGGAUGAACUGGGAGAGGCGACGGCGCGGCUCAUUGCGCAUUAUUCCGGUGCGCACGUCGCAGGCCUGGAGAGCAUUGAAAUGGCAAAUCGAAUACUGCUCUUGACCGGUCCGAAAGUGUGGACGCUUGAGGAGACGGUAGAGCAGCUGAGCAAAUGUGUGGGCAAACCCGUUGCGAUUCGCGAGGUCAGCGUAGAUGAGUACGUUUCGCAACUACAAGUCACUGCAGUUUUUGGAAGCCAAGAAAAGGCUACCACAUGGGCCACUGCGUGGGAGGCUAUCAAGGCUGGAGAGACUGCGGUGGUCACACCAUUGUUGGAGCAGGUACUCGGUAGGAAGCCGGAGGACUUUGAAAUUACCCUCAAGAACCACUUAGGCGCAUCUCACAAAUGAAUAGCAACUCAUCAAGUCUUUCAAGCAAA